AUGGCUUCUCCAGAUCGGACAGACCAGCCUGAUUCAUCUGAGCUUUUCGCUGUCCAUGUCUUUAUUCAUCACAACCUCUACGUUGCUUCGGCCUUCCUCCCGUCGCUUUUUACCUCUUCCGCCUUCCCAGAGGAGCUUUGGAAGCUGCCGCCUUUGCCGGGCGUUUCGGAUCUUGUUGACUCGCGUAACCGUUUGGGCCGCUAUGUUCUCCGGAACAGGCUGCCUGGCUCAGCUCGCAUUGCGCAAGUUGCCGAACAAAUGGAGACAGAGUUCAAAUUUCACAGCAGAUUCCAGGCUGGCUACAAGGUUCUCCCGCCACCGGACCCGGGUGCUGAUGAGGAAAUCCGCUUUCCCGAGUGGCAAGGCAGGACUCUCCCACCAGACACGAGUCUGGAGCAAGCCUACUCGUACGGCGUGUACAAGCCAGAAGGCAAGCUCCAGCUAGUUCUAGAAACCAAGGCCGCAGCAUUGGCCCCCAUUGCGGGCGUUGACUUUGUUGAGGAUACUCUGGGGAAGGAAUAUAAAGCGUUUAGGAGUCUUUUUUGGAGGGAGACCUACGAUGAUAUAUAUGGAAUCAACAGGUUUUCGAUCCCGGUGGUGGUGAAAGCGCUCAGAAGCUGGCGGUACGCAUAUUACAAACUCAAGUUUCUUGAGGAAGUUAAGGCGAAGCUAGCAGGACGCACACCCGAGGACUCCUUGACAAGAUCGGACACAGCCGUUGGGCAGGAGAUGCAGGAAGUGGACAGGGAGGUUGAUGAAGUGACCAUGCAGAAGCAGGAAGCGACUGCCAAAUUCCAAGCGUCGAUUGAGAGAUGGGAGGAGUGGGUUCUCGACAAAUGCGUUCAGUCCGUGAUGAUGUUGAGGGAUGAAGACAUCGAGGCUACAUGGGAAAGCAUGCGACAGAAAAGGAACGAACUCGUUGAAGCAUGGAAGAACUCGGAGAGACGGCAAGAUAUCUGGGAAGGCAUGCGCGAGCUAUAUCUCGCCAACCCUCAACUAUGGCUCCGCCGCGAUGACCCCGACGCGCAAGAUAAGAUGGACGCACAAAACGCUGAGCGACGAACGAAGGCAAUGGCAGCAAGAGGGCAAAUGCGGAAUGAUCAUCUGCGCGAAUUCUCGAAACAAGCGGAAGAAACAACACCCAGGAACAUCACCUCCAGCGCCAUCACCACGCGAUCUUUCCGCAAUGCGGAUGGAAGCCUUAGCAAAGAGCUCUCAGCCUUCGAAGUCACUUCAGGAGUCUUGCUCUGGGGCCAAAUUCUGCCUAUCCACUACGGCGUGGGUCAGCCAGCCCUGACAUCAAAUGCCACCACAGUCCCAAGAGCUGAGCCGGGCGGAACAGUUCUCAUGCACCUCCAUACAUACAAGUCUGCCGCCCGCGUCGGAACUUGGAAAGUACGGCGAUACUAUUCCAGCAUCUACUCAGGAUGGUACGGCAAUGCCUCAGCUCCUGUUGGAUGGGUCAUUUGCCACGAGUCGGUGGAUCCCAUGGAGAUUCUCAGAAGAGUCCGCUGCAUCGGGAACCAAUCCAGUGCCCUUAGCAACAGCAACGAGCACGCGGACAAAGAUGUGCUAUUUAUAGCCCGCUAUGACUGGGGGUGGUACCCAAACACUCCCGAGUAUCGAGAAUCCAGAGCCCGUUUCCAGGAGUGGGCUGAGCCGGUCAUCGGGGCCUUGCCAGAAGGUACAGACGCCGAUGAGUAUCGCGGGGCCAGGGUGAAUGUGGCAGAGGCCGGUUACUUCAUGGCUGUGGAUGGGGAAAACUGGGGGUUGGACCUAGUGCGUGCAUACAAGGACGAGUGCGAGGUGCCGCUGCCAGUGGGGGAGCGGCAGAUGGAGCGAAUCUUUGAAACACAGCCGGAGGGAAGGAGGGUGGGUUCGUAUGUCGAAAGUGUGUCUACAGGGUAUCAAUUUGGCUGGCUUGUUUUCUCCGGGAAGAAGCACGAAAAGUAUCCGGAGGCAGAUGAGUUGAUUGCUUUUGUAUACGACGCCGAGUAUGAGGCCCUUGAAGCAAUGCAGCAUGACGUCGAAGCAGAUCCUGAUGAGUCAGGAUAA